AAAAUAAUCGCGCACUAUCGCCGAAGUCUCGAAACGCGCGGUGUCCGACCAGCUUUUCUCGCUUUCGUCGCGAAGAAGCGACCUCGCGAGGUCACACGAACGGAUUCACAUCUCGCUUCGUUCGAGGCCAAAUCUCUUGAGAAUAAAUCUCGAUCGAUCGUAUCGAGAAUAAAAAUUUUACUGCAUUUUAUUUCAAAAGCGGCAAUCGAAUAUAAAAAUAAAUUAAAAUCGUUUUGGUGAAUAUAAUUGUGAUCGACUUGGAGAAGCGCUCUGUGUCAAGAAAAAUAGUCUCUUCUAGUAAUGUUGAUGUACGUGAAUAGAUGUGAUGGAAAGUAUUAGAUUUAAGCUUGCAUUGAAAGAAAGGUAUAUAUUCUGUGACUAAAUAAAUUUUUAUUUAGUAAGAAUUAAAGAGUGGAAACAAUUAAAAUAAACAUUUUUUCUUUCAUAUCUGGAUAAAGCGAGAUGAAAGAAAUUUGAGUGGAUCAUAACAAAGAAAGUGCUCUCCAAAAGCAGAAGAAAGUUGUGAUUCUUAUAAAUGAGCACAUAAACAGGCGAAUUAAUACAAUUAAUUUUAUACGACAGCGAUAUGAAAACAAACUACAUGAAUGAAUAAAUAAUGGAAAAAGUAAUGGAGCGAUCGUAUAAAGACUAAUAAAAGCGUAAAAGUGCAAUCAUGAUGAAAAUUUUUAUGGUCUCGCAAAUAAAUGAAGCAGAAGAUUAAGAUUCCUUUGUACGCUCUUUUCUAGCUCUUGCAGCAAGAAGCUAAAGUGCGGAGAAACGCAUUUGAAACGCGCGUUUCCUUUUCAUAAUAUUUAUACGAUCGAAUGUUUAUGAAAUGAAGCAACACUUUGCUUGCGCCAUCAAUUUCUAGAUUGCAUUUGCAUCUAUCGAAGCGUCUACAAACAAAUCCGACAAGAGGCAAUUAUUAUCGAACAAAGAUAUUCAGACCUCUUUGAAUAAACUAGAGUAAACGAAACCAGCACUAGUGGCAUAAGAAGAAAUUUUACAGUACUAUUCAAUGGCGGAGGAUAAUUUCCGGUCGGCCGAGGAAUUCGGCGCGCCCGAAGUCGAGAGGAAGCUCGACAGGCCGAGCCGCUCGCGAGAUCAAAGAGGAGCUGUCAAGGUCAAGGACAAGCCCGAGGAUACUCGACUUCCGACCCCGCCCCCGGAUCCACAGUGUCUGCCGAUCGCGCGGGAUCGCACGGGAGUGACGUCUCGCGGUCCCGAGGAGGAAGAAGAGGAUCUCGCGACUUAUCUCAGCGAGCUCGGCGCCUCACCGUUCGAAGGCCAUUCGUUCGACUACGAUACCACACCGAAUUUGAGAACUUCGGCGAUGGGGGGCGACGCGGCCUCCUUCACCGAGGAGGCGUUCGAGCACCUGGACCGGCUGUGCGCGUUGACAGAGCAGAUCUUGGAUCUGCGUGAUCGCAGCUCCAAGUUCUUCCGGCGCGUGCGAGGACUGGAGCGCGCCAAGGUGCAGAGAAACGCUGAUCGCCGGCUGGAGAUUGCAUUGACGAACAAUGAGGAGGAACUGCUCCGCGAUUUCACUGACGAAGACACCGGUUUCGCGGAGUCGCUGUUAGACGCUAUGCUGUCGAAUUGUCGGGACGCCACGUCGACGCCGAGACGCGAACGUUUGAGCGUGCGAUCGCCCUCGUCGUCGAGACAGCGAAGCCGAUCGCUCGCGCUGGCCGAGCAGAAUCUCGCCUCGAACCUGGUCGAGCGGGCGGCCGAGGCGGGAGAUAAACGAGGCACAUUCGUGAGAAAUGCGAGUCGUAACGGCGGCCCGAAAGUAAGCAAAUGGACCAGGGUGAAGGCGGCCUUCAAAUGGGAACGCGCGUGCACCAACGAUCUCGCGGAUAUCGCGGAAUCGUCCACGCCGACGACGAGGUAUCUGAGGAUCCCGGACGCGAUCACCGUCGGAAAUUGGAACGCCGGACCGACGCUGUCGUCCUGUACCAGCGAAGUCUCCAGCCCGUCCACGCCGAUCGGCAGAGUAUCAUCUGCGUCGUCGUCCAACGAGGAAGUGUUUGAUGAUUCGCGCAAAAAUAUUGUAAACUACCCGGAUCGACAAUUGCCACUAGUGAAAGAUGACAGAAAGAAGGACGAUCUAGAUCGUCCGGCUCGAUCACUUGAUCGCGAUACUCUUAUAACAGAGAGUGCCGGUUCCGUAGAAUCUCCGAGUGAGGUAAAUCGUAGUAAACCGCUAAUUCGCAUUAUAUCGGAUGCGGAUGCAACGAUGCACGCUGCAAGCGGAGGCGGGAGGGAUUCGGAAGUACCACCAAAGAGACCGACGCCGAUUCUAACGAUCACGAUACCGUCGAACGAGGAGGAAAUCAGAAGCUUAUCCUCCCCAGAAUCGAUAUCUCCUCUUCCCUCGAGCACGCAGGAUUCCGGUGGAAGUUCGCCGCAACAUCCCAAGAUGCGCCAGGAUACAUCGAGUCCGAGGGAAUUUAAACAGGAAUUUAGACAGCAUUCGACGAUCGAGGAAGCGGUAACGCAAGCGCCAAAGAUACAGCGACAAGAUUCGAAAUGGAACAAGGUCAGACGUGCUUUUCUGACAAAUGCCACCUUCAGCGUUCCACCGAGCCCGGUCAGAAUGGUCGCGGCGCAAUCAUUCACGAACGAUGAUACGCGCCGAGCUCGCAGCUGUAGCGAAAGCGUCGAGGAUCUCGGUAAAACCGUUACAGGUAUCAGCAGCAACUACAACAACAACAAUAAUAACCACUGUCGGGAGCGGGAAACGCGCAGGGAUUAUCAGGCAUUGCGGGAGAAGUUCGGUCCCGAGUUCCACCGGAAGCUGGUCGAGUGGGAGCGCCUGAAGAGCGCGCGAAAUGCUCGUGAUGGUCUGCCGUUGAACGAGGAACGGCUGGCGCCCGAGUUCCGGAAGAAGCUACAGGAUUGGAAGCGAACGAGGAAGGGCCGACGAUCCGGUGCGGCCAUCGAGCAGCAACGCGUCAAUCGUCGACGGUUGACUGACUGGCAACUCUGGCGCUCCUCCUCAUCAAAACCCGAACUCAGGUUUUAUAAUAAAAAUCAAAACUCAAUCGGUUCGCGCGGAAGCUGCGCGAGUAUCGGUAGCGCGGGGAGUUUUGGCAGCGAUGGAAAACAGCAUCUCUGCGAGGAUUUCAUUAAGCGGAUGGAGGCGUGGAGGAGGAUGAGCGAGGCCGCGUGUCGAAGCAGCGAGACACCGAAAUCGCCUACGAAUCGUGUCACAUUCGAUACCAUCGACGAAACAGAAUUUCUCGCUUUAGAAAAGCUGCUGUUGCUAUUUGGACAAAAGAUCAGGAAAGAACGUCGUGAGAGCGACGCGAGACAACUGAAUGAUUGCUUUGACGGCGACUCGAGAUUCAUGGCUAUGUCUCGAGGCGUAAAUUGUGGCAACGAAGUGUUGAUUCGCACAUCCGUCGGAUCUUACCGUUUCGAGGGCAUAUCCCGAGAAUUCACAAGGAAAUUAUACGAUUGGGAGAAGUAUCGCGGAAUAUCACCCAGAUCCUCCACGUUCCGUCUGUUGGGCCCAGGUUAUACGCCGUUCACGCAAAAUUUGGACGGAGCUAGGUUGACAGAGUCACCAAAUACGACGGGAAAGAAUCGUGCAUUCCGCUGGACCCUAAAAAGAUCCAAGUCUGACGGCAGUGUCUUCGAAGGCAGUCUUCGCGACGAAUCGUUCACAGUGCGUCGAUCCACGAGUCUCCAAUCUUUAAUCUCUACAGACAAGCUCGAAGAUGACACUCGAAUAAACAGUUUACCAGUUUCUAAUAAUUCGCAGGGGAUGAAGGACCCCUCGGAAGACAUUGCUGUUGAGGAUUCCGAGCCGGAGGCGAUGAUCGUCGACAUCGAGGACGUUAUCGAGGAGACCGCCAGUCCUUUGACCGGGGUACAACCCCAUCAGACGCCAGUGUACUCCGUCGCGGCUAGCGAAACCACCAGCAUCGCCGUCCCUCUCGGUACAGUCACAUCCAGCCACGAGCCGUCACCGGUGUUUUUGGUCGAGGCUGAAGAUGAUGAAAAUGGCAAACCAUGGAGAAAGUGGAUCGGUCCGGAAACUCGCUCAAGCGAGAACAGUCCGAGUUCGAAACGCUAUUCGUUAUCCGAGGACUGGCGCAAGAGAGCGACAUUUUUGGAUGAAGAUAAACCGAGCUGGGAGCGACCGUGCGAGGGAGACAACAAAGAGAAUCAAGGAUCCACAGACCGGACCGAGAAAACACGCUGUUCGAUCCCAGAUUUUGACGACUCUGUAAAAUCCGACCAAUCGAUUGAAUGGAAUCGAAAUACUUGGGACGAAUCGUGCGACGAAGCGAAUAGAGACUCGAUUGCACUUGAAUUGUCUCUUAUACCGAUCUACGAGAGUAAAAACGAUACGAAGAAACAAGAGCCUUCUUUCGAAAAUGACAACCCCGAAUCUGCGUACUUUGCGAAUAAUUUGGAAACUACAUCGACGACCUGGAAUGCGGAAGAAUUAAUGGACUCGCCGCGCACGUGGACCAAGGAGAUGAACGAAACGGGAAAGAUCGAGGAUUUAGCAGACGAGUCAUCGAAUAAUGGGCAGAUGAGCGACACAGAGGACCUUCAAGAUGACAAGAACGACCAAGAGAUCAAAAAAGAAAAAAUAAUUCUCAGCACAGAUUUUUGCACUUAUCAAUUGACCGAUAUAAAACCGAUAUCAGAUCGCCACGAUUCCACGGAAACUUUAUCGAAAUUAUCGAAAUCAAAUUUAGACGAUAAUAAAGAUAUGUCGGAAUCCUGCCGCAAUCUUAAUAUUGAAAACGAGACUUCAACACAUUAUGAGAAUUGCAGUUCUCCCGAGCUGCAGAUCGAUGUCGAUCGACAUUACGAAAUUCUCACAUUUAAAACAGACACGUGCGGCGAUACAACGAACAAUCACUUGUACGAACCGGUCGAUUGUCAGGAAGAAGUACGCGGUUCCUCUUACGACAACAGAAAUAACUGCGUAAGAGAAAGUCUUUUGUCGUCAAAGUUAACAGCAAUGGAAAAAUCUAAUCUUUCGGAAACUCCGAAAAGCCUCUUAAUUAAUUCGACCGUUCGGACUGUACCGAUAACCGUCUCCAGAGAUAGCGAAGGGCGCUGUUUGGAGAAAAUUCUAAUCAACGAGGAGACAUUGAACAAAAUAAUCGUUCCCACGGUGAGCGCGGAGAACGGAAUGAAGAGUACAGAGAGAAUCGGAAAUCGCUUCGCAAGCGUGGAUCGUCCGGAUGAAGUCAUCGGGAAUCGAUCGAGCAAUCGCGAUCCGUCUACGAGGAUCACGAUUCGCGACAACCAGACUGAUUGUAUCAAGAAGGACGGUUCUUCCUCCAGGAACGUUUUUAUCAAGACCAAACGUAUGAUAUUCAGCCCGUUCCGCCGCUCGGAGGACCGGGCAUCUUCGAGAAAGGAGAGCGACGGCUCCAUCGAGGGUCGGCUUCAACGUUCGUCGAAAUCCAAAAGCAAAUCGAGAUCGGCGUCGCCCAAACUGUGUCGACAGGACGCUUUAUUGCGCGUAUCCUUGUCUUUACCGUGGCCUCUACGCUCCACUUCCAAGGACAGCGAGAUUCCCUUUGAAACUGACAAUGAGUCCAGAAGGAGCUCAGGAAGCAAAACGGAAGAUGUAGUCACGAUACAGCAUAAAAAUUUGCCCCGCGAAGAAAAUAGCGUGAAUAAUAAAAAAAUCAACGAUCGGCUAACCGAGGAAAAAUCGCUGUCACCAAUUGAUGUAAAACAGAAAAAAAUUAAUCACUCGGACACAAAGUUUUUGACUGCGCCGAUAAACAUGUGUUUGUUUGGGACGACUUCUGCACGAAUUUUUGAUCGAUCAAGAAUAACGUCGAUCGAGCAGGCUCGAUGCAGUCAAACGCAGAACGAUGAGGAACGCAGUAAAGUCAAGUGUAAUCAAGUGAAUUUUGAAGGAAAGCAAAGCGACGAAGAAAGAUUCAGUCAAAAGCAAGACAAACGGAAGCAAGGAGAGAUCGAAUUCCGUCAAAAAGAGGACGAAGAGAGGCAGCAGGAUGAAAGUCAUGCGAAAUGUGACGCGGUAUCAUCCGACUUGAUGCACAAGCUUAGAAUACUUUCGGAUGCUGCGGCGAGAAGGGAGGGUCGAGCGACGGUUACGGAAUCUCUCAUAAUCAGCGAUCCGGAAUCACGUUCCUCUAGGAUACGUCGUGCCAAGGAGAGCUUCCUGUCGCGUCGAGGUGGUCCUUUCUGUCGCUCCAUGAUGGAGUCGACAGAAGCUGCGGAUUCUUGGAGACGUCCAACGGUGACAUCCACUCAGAUAUCGACUGAAACGUCGAAGGCGAAUGAGAUUACAAUGAUUACUGCGGAAUCCGAAGAGACACAAAACGCGGGAAGUCAAGCGGAAAUGGCAUCGUUGAUCGCGCAAGACGAAAUCGCCUCUUUGAGCGGGGACAGAGUCGAUGCGUGCCAGGAGAAAGAUCUCGCGAUCGAUGCCGGUGUCCGAUCGGAAUCGCUCGUGAAAUCGGCUAGCGCCGGUAUGAUCAACGUAGAUCCUAAUACAUUCGGCCGACUGGUUACGACCGAUCGCGGAUGCGAGUCCUUGCCGAGGACGAUCGCGAAGCGUCGCGACUCCUCCGGACCGCUGGCGAAGAUCGUCAGCAAGCUGAGACUAUCGCGGCUGAUUCGCACCAGGAACGUCGACGGUGGCGGAAUGAGCACAAUCUCGACGUUAUGUAGGCAGAGUUUGUUGAUCGACUUGAGUGGCGUAUCCGAAAAUCGAGGGAACAACGAACAUGAAUCUGAGAAGGAUACGGUUAUAAAAGAUAAAGAUAAGGACGAUGAUCAUUCAGAUGAGUCUUCUUAAAAUAAUAUAUAAGCAAAGUUUUAAUCACUAUAUUGCUUACGUAAUAUUUAUGGAUGUAUCUGUAAAUUUGUUAAAUUUAUUUCUUAAAUUUGUUUUAGUCUUGCAGCAACGAGAAGGUAAUCUUGAGUAACAGACAAAUUUUUUCUCAUUUUUACCGAUCGGAUGUCGAUGUUUUAGUUAAUUUAUUAAUUAACAAAAAUCUAAAAGCACUAAUAAUAAAUAUAUAAGCAUUGAAAGUAAACAAUUUCUCGCAAACUACGCUUUCAGACUCGUUAAUAAAUAAUACAUUAAUAAAUAAUAUGACACGAUUUUU